UGAUGCCAAGCAACUGUCAAUGUCAAAGCAACAUUAGUGACAUUUGUUAUGCCGUGUUUGUUAAUAUUUUUUAUUUAAGGAUCAGUGUGUUUUAUAGAUUUUCAAUCUAUUUCAUCUUAGUUGUUAUUAUAAAAAUGGUGAAAAUAAUUUUUCUUCAUCCGGACUUAGGUAUAGGUGGGGCUGAACGUCUCGUGUUGGAUGCCGCAUUGGCCUUCAAGAGCAAAGGACACGAAGUCGCUUUCUACACUAAUCAUCAUGACCCUACUCAUUGUUUCGCAGAGACGAGGAACGGUACAUUUCCUGUAACAGUCGUGGGCGAUUGGAUUCCUCGUUCUAUUUUCGGUAGGUUCAAAGCGGCGUGUGCGUAUGUUCGUAUGGUAUAUGCUGCAGUAUAUUUAGCCUGGUAUGUAAUACCAGUGGAAGAACCGACUCUGAUAUUCUGUGACCUCAUAUCACUGUGUAUCCCUUUCCUGAAAAUGGCCAGAGGACCUUUUAGAAUAGUUUUCUAUUGUCACCACCCUGACAAACUUUUGACUUCGGAAGGAGGAUUCUUGAAAAAAUUAUAUCGAGCUCCAUUAAAUUGGUUAGAAGAACUAACAACAGCUCGAGCUGAUAAGGUUCUUGUGAAUAGUAAGUACACAGCUAGAGUGUACCAAGAUGCAUUUCAAAAUAUCAAAGACAUGCCUGAUAUAUGUUACCCAUCAAUCAAUACUGAUUACUUUAAUACUACUGUACCAAAGCCAUUAAAAGAAGUUGUUCCAGUGGGAUUAGAUAAGUUCAUUUUCUUGUCAAUAAAUAGAUAUGAGAGAAAAAAGAAUCUGCAAUUGGCCUUAAAAGCAUUGGAGUAUUUAAAACAUGUAUUGAGUGAGUCUGAUUGGCAUAGGGUACAUUUGAUAAUGGCUGGUGGGUUUGAUCCCAUUAACUUAGAGAACAUGGAGCAUUACAUUGAAUUGACUGAUCUGGUUGCUGAAUUAGAUAUUGAAGAUAAAGUCACAUUUAUGAAAUCUCCAAGUGAUGCAGAAAAAGUUUCAUUGCUUUAUCAUUGUAAGGCUUUAAUUUAUACCCCAUCUAAUGAGCAUUUUGGUAUUGUACCACUGGAAGCUAUGUAUUACAAGAAGCCGGUGAUAGCAGUCAACAGCGGUGGUCCUACAGAGACCAUAGUGAAAGAUGUUACAGGAUUUUUAUGUGAACCAACCAGUGAAUCCUUUGGUAGGGCAAUGUGUAAGCUUAUCUGGACCCCAGAUUUGGUAGAGAAGCUAGGAGAAGCUGGUAGGAAGAGGUUUGAGACUAAAUUCUCUUUUGAUGCAUUCACUGAUCAGUUAGAUGGAAUUCUGACAAGGGAGAGGCAGAUUAUCUCUGAAGUGCGAGCCAUAGAGUAUGAACAGAGAAAAAAGAAAUAACAUACUGCUGACGCUCCUUCAAUAUUUGAUAUUGUUUGAGUGUUACUUUUCAUGCUACAAAACAUUUGGUUAGUAAAAGGACUAAAGGACUGGUAAUUAUUAUUAUUAUUUCUUACAGUAGAGAUGGUAAGGAUUUGGUGAAGCAAAAAAAAAAUUGUUGAUCUCUUUAAUUUUGUUGUAUACAUGUAAUAUAUGAAAGUGUGUAUAUGUAUCCUUCUAAGUUGUAUAUUAAUUAGAG